AUGGCUACUCCCACUCCCAUGCCAGCCAGAGGCGAUCGAAACGCCCCAGUCUUUGAUUCGUCCAAGCCCCACGAGUUGCGCCGUUAUUUCCUCGAUCUGGAGUUCCUUCUAGCUCGAUCUGCCGUCACUGACGCUGCCCAAAUGAAGGGGCAUGCGGUCAGAUUCCUUUCCGUCGAAGAUCAGGAGAUUUGGGAAGGUCUACCGUCAUUCUCAGACGCCAACAAAUCGUACCACGACUUCAAAUUGGACGCCCUCAGCCUCUACGCAGGGAACGACACAGAUUGUCGUUUCAGCCUCGACGAUUUGGACAUGCUCGUUGGGCAGACAUCUCGCAUGGGAAUCCACACAAAGGACGACCUCACACAAUUUUAUCGACGAUUCCUACACAUCACAACAUUCCUGAUUAGCAAACAACGACUCUCUGUGGCAGAACAGAGCCGAUUUUUCCUUCGAGCUAUGAAUCCAGCCUCGUUGUCCGUCUCAGUUCGCCAGAGACUUCAGAUCAAGAAGCCAGACGUUCACCCUGAGGAUCCAUAUGAUUUGUCAGAUCUGUACGACGCUGCUAAAUUCGUCCUUUCAGGAUCAUCGACCUUACUUCCUGGAAUGCCCACGUCUCAGCCCGGGACCGAGCUCACAAUCAAAUCAGACCCUGGAAUUACUGCACUAGUUUCAUCCGUCUCAGAUCUAGUUCGAAUAAUCGCUGCUCAACACGCCAAUCCUGGUGCCCCAGCACAAUCACAGUCCGCCAACGCCCUGCCCCGCCGUCGCCGUCCUGAUGGCUGCAGUUAUUGCAGUGAUCUCGAGCAUUUUAUCAGCCAAUGUCCCCACGUUUCGACGGAUAUUCGAGACGGAAAAUGCCGCCGCAAUGUGGAUGGGAAAGUCGUCCUCCCCUCAGGCGCAUAUGUGCCAAAUAUUGUCCAAGGAGAGGAUCUUCGAGAGCGCAUUCAGAAGUGGCAUGAAGCGAACCCAGGUCAGGCAGCAGCUCCGCAGAUGAUUUUGGAAGUUUCUCACCAGAAUUUGCUGUCUUCUGCGGCGCCUGGGCUCGUUCAAACGUUCAAACUCACGGACGAAGAACGAAUGGCAGUUCUGACGGCUGAAAUUAAUCAACUACGCACACGGGCUCAAGCUAAACGCGCUAUGGAAGUGGCUAAUCAACCAGAAGUCCCUGAACGCACUAUUCCACCGGCGGUAGCGCGAAAUCCAGUCGUUCCACCUGUUCCAAUCGAAACCGUCCCUCCUGCGACCGCCCCUGCUGCUCCAGUUGCCCCACCUCAACCCCCAAUCCAUCCGUACGCCGCAGCUCGUGAUGUGUGA